AUGGUCUCCAUUUACAUCUGUGUGCCGUGCCGGGUGCACCUUGCCGCAGCAGUGCCCACAAUCUGGCCUGGUACGAGGCACCCAACAGGAGGCUACCGACAAAAGGGCACGGAGGAGUCGAGGUUCGCAGGGGUCGGGGUCCACAACGGGUCCUACUACUGCGAGUCGCAAGGGCGCAUCGUGUGCAGCGUGCGCGUGUUUGGGCUGUUACGUUGCGACAGCCACUGCUAUGGCUAUGCUGGCGAGCGUGGCCCAAGAGAGGAUGCGAACGACAACGAGGUCAGUGACAUGUCCAACCCAAGCGAGGUGGUUGAAACCAUCCCUUGGGAAAUCGAAUGA